AUGGUGGUGACGGCGAUUCAGGAGACGAGCGCGGACGGCGCGUACAAGCGCACGCCCUCCGCCUUCCGCAGCGUCAUCACCGCGGAUGAAUCGAGCGGUUUCCCCGCCGUCGCAGGCAGGUACCACCUGUACGUGAGCUACGCGUGCCCCUGGGCGUGUCGCUGCCUCAUGGCGCUCAAGCUUAAGGGGCUCGAGGACGCUAUCUCCGUCACUGUGGUGGAACCCGUGUGGAAACGCACAAGGGAGAGCGACGACAACGUUGGCUCGCAGUUCGUGGCGACAUUCAUUCCCCUCUCCCUUGCCCUCAUUCUCCCCCAACCCUACUCUUCAGGUGCUGGAACAUGUUUGGAAGCGCACAAGGGAGGGGGACGACAACGUGAAGCACGAGGGAAGGGACGCGAAGGUGGCAGAGGCAGAGAGCGACCCUCAGUUUUCCACCAUAAUCCAACUCUCGUCCCUGCUCUAUCCCUCUGCUGCCCUCUUACACUCUCAUCACAGGUCGUGGAACCGGUGUGGAAGAGCACGAGGGAAGGCGACGACCACAUGGGAUGGAAGUUUGUCGCGCCGGGAGGGGAGGCGGAGGUGGCAGGGGCAGCGACACUCAUUCCCCCGUCCCCUGCCCUCAUUCCCCCCCUACCCUACUCACCUACUCAGGGGCAGAGACCGACCCUCAUUCCCCCUCCCCUCACCCCGCUGCUUCUUUCUCUCCUCUCAGGUGGUGGAACCUGUGUGGAAGCGCACGAGGGAGGGGACGACCACGUGGGCUGGCAGUUCGUGGCGCCGGGAGGCGAGGCGGAGGUGGCAGGGGCAGAGAGCGACCCUUUGAAUGGCGCGUUCUUCCUGAGGGACGUGUAUGAGAAGGUGGACCCGCAUGCAGUCAAGUUCAUUGUCCCUGUGCUGUGGGACAAGCAGACAGGCACCAUAGUGAACAACGAGAGUGCGGAGAUCGUGCGAAUGCUCAACUCAGAGUUCAACGCCAUUGCCAAGAACCCUCAGGUGGACCUGUACCCGCCCCACCUGCGAGCAGCAAUAGACGAGGUGAACGAGUGGGUGUAUCCUGCAAUCAACAACGGCGUCUACCGCUGCGGCUUCGCCAAAAAGCAAGGCCCAUACGAAGAGGCGUUCAAGGAGCUCUUUGCUGCUCUGGAUCGCUGUGAGGACAUUCUUUCAAAGCAGCGCUACAUGGCAAGAGACACAUUCACAGAGGCUGACAUUCGGCUGUUCGUCACACUCAUUCGAUUCGACGAGGUGUACGUGGUUCAUUUCAAGUGUAACCGCAAUUUCAUCCGCGAGUUCCCCAACCUCUUCAACUACACCAAGGAAAUUUACCAGCUGCCCGGAAUUGCCUCUACAGUGAACAUGGGGCAUAUCAAGGCGCACUAUUUCCGAAGCCAUCCUUCUAUCAACCCCUUCGGCAUAAUCCCUAUGGGUCAGGGUACCGAUUACAGUGCUCCUCAUGAUAGGGAUAGGUUGCCUGGUGUUGCUCUGCCUUGUGGGAAGGAGUGA